UAUACAAUCCCUCUUCGUUUUCAUUCUGGAAAAAUCCUCUUCUCGAAAAAAAUCAGAUACAAGAGUUGUCGCCUGAGAUUCGCCGGAACUAAAUGGAAGUGACAUCGGAGAAGAAAGAAUUGGAUAACAAGAACACGAACAGCACUCAAUCCCUAAUUAUCGAUCCCUCAAUAGCCGCCGAGGAUCGUGAACGCAUCGCUGUUGACCUAAAAGCCGGCUUGCAUCCUCUCAAGAACAAGUUUGUUUUCUGGUACACUCGCCGGACACCUGGGGUUCGAACACAAACAUCAUACGAGGACAAUAUAAAGAAAAUUGUUGAUUUUAGUACUGUUGAAGGGUUUUGGGUUUGCUACUGCCACUUGGCUCGCCCAUCAGCAUUGCCCAGCCCAACUGAUUUGCAUCUUUUCAGAGAGGGUAUUCGUCCUUUAUGGGAGGAUGCUGCUAAUUGCCAUGGUGGGAAGUGGAUAAUUCGUUUUAAAAAGGCUGUCUCAGGACGUUUUUGGGAGGACCUGGUUCUUGCUUUGGUAGGUGACCAACUCGAUUAUGGUGACAACAUAUGUGGUGCUGUUCUAAGCAUUCGUUUCAAUGAAGACAUCUUGAGUGUAUGGAAUCGUAAUGCGUCAGAUCAGCAGGCUGUGAUGGCAUUGAGAGACUCAAUCAAGCGACACUUGAAGCUUCCUGGUGGCUAUAUCAUGGAAUACAAAGCCCAUGAUGCUUCCUUGCGUGACAACUCAUCUUACCGCAAUACUUGGAUAAGAUCAUAAACUCUUAUUUCGCUGUCAUACUUUGAGAAAAGAGAUUUGCAUAGUUCGGUCGGUAUUUGGUCAAAGAGAUUUUCAUGGCAAAAAUGGUUGAUGUUGAUCAUGUAAUAUGAGCUAACAAUUAGAUUUUACCGGCACUCGAAAUCUCUUGAUUGCCUGUAGUUCUUCUGAUGUGUAUGCAUAACUCUAUUGUCAAGUGGAUUAUCCCCAGUACUGGCUCAAGUAUAAUUGACAAUUGAGUCAUUCCCAGUAAUAUUAGUUACCAUCACCUUUAAAGUA